UACCAUCAUGGAUCGUUGAUAGACUCGGAGAUAAGAUAUAUACAAGAUACUGUCACAUAUUCUCUAUUUUGAAGUAUAUGUAUAUAAUUAAAAAGAAGUAGGUACCUAUUGACAUAUUAUCCUAUAUAUACUAAUGUAAGGUAUUCUUAAUUGUUGCUUUGCAUUGUAGGAUUUGCAAUGUUUGAAUAGGGUGCAUGCUAGGACAGUCUUAAAACAUACUAGCGUCCAAAAAAACCUGACAGUGUUUAGUUGUUUUCGUUUAAUCAUCUCUACAUAUUGCAAUCUUGUGUUUUCGCUGCCUAUUUCAUGCAAUAUAUACAACACUAGUCAUAUGUUUCUUUUUUUCAAGUAAUCUCGGGCGAGCGUUGUGGCCUCUUUUUUUUCAAUACAAGUACAAGACAGAUAAGAUCAUUCGGACAUUUCUUCCUUUCCCAAUAACAUGUAUAUAUGCGAAAGCAAUGCAUUAUCGCAACGUGCCUCAGCCUCAUGAAAUUAUAACUCGAACUGCAUUCCUUAAAAGUGGAAACAAAUAAACGUUUUGUGCAUUAUCAAUAUAUACCUAUUUUUACACGAUCCUAGAUGAAAUAUAAACAGCUUUUGGGUCAUCGAUAAGAUCACCGUCAGUAUGCAUUCAGGACGCUAAAUGAAACAGUAGAUAAUAUGCUGGAGUACGUGUUGUGCGUGGCGGUUUUAAUAGCUUGUAUUUUUAUCGCACUUCAAUCUUACACCGGUGCUAAAGAUAGACCCCCUGGACCUAAAGGAUAUCCCUUUCUUGGUGUGGUCUUUGAGGUUGAUCCACCAACACUCUACAAGAAACUAUAUGAAUGGACAAAGCAGUAUGGGGAUGUUUUUCAGUUUCAAAUGCUCGGCAAGACAUUUGUUAGUAUCAAUUCAGUGGAAGUGUUGCGGGAAACAUUUCUGCAAGAACCAUGUGCCACCAUUAGCGCUAGUCGACCGCCUACCUUCUUUGGGAAAUACUUUUUUCGAAACUACACGGAUCUAAUACUCGCAUCACCAAGUGCAUCUUGGGAAAAACGUAGAAAAUUUGUUCAUCAUCUGCUCCAUGUAUACGGAGAGGGCAAAGCAUCACUUGAAAAUCAAGUAUUGCAAAAUUUGAUCUAUUUUAAGGAAAACGUGCGUAAAACCAUCUCAAAUAACGUCAACCCAUUCGAAUUUGUGGAUGAUUUUCUUCUAAGUUCAAUCGAAGUUCUGUACAUCGGUAGGAGAUUUGGAAAAGAGGGACCACUGCAGUCUUUAAUCAAAUUAGAGCAGGAUAUCGGAAAUCGGCUAGCCAAUCCAGGAACGGAUACAGUGUUUAGUGCACUUCCCUUCCUGCGGUUUCUUCCCAUUCCUAUUUCAUUUAGCUUUCAUAAAGCCAAAAGCGUACAUCAGCAAAUUUUGGACACUCUGGAGACAUUAUCGAAAGAAGCUUGUGAAGAAAGAGGAAUAUAUCAUACAUUGAAAGAGGCUUUAAAUGAAAAGGAUGAAAAUGGGGAGAUAUGGUUAAAUGACGAUAACUUAUAUGGAAUACUUUAUAAUAUCGCAGGAGCAGCAUACUUAACAACGAGGGGAACUCUGCUUUCUGUAAUCCAACUCCUUGCAAAAAGACCACAACUUCAGAAGUCUCUGCAGAGAGAAGUGGAUGAAGUAAUUGGACGGGGCAGGGAGCCCAGAUUUUCAGACAGGAAGAAGUGUCCACUUAUGGAAGCUGUCGUCACGGAAACACUGCGAUACAUAGCUCAUUCUCCAGUAUAUGUACUUCAUUCUACUUCGCAGCCUACAAAAAUCGGUGGAUACAGUGUGGAGAAAGACACGGUGAUUAUUCCAAACAGCUGGACUAUGCAUCACAGUGAGAAAUACUGGGACGAUCCGUUCAGCUUUAAGCCUGAACGUUUCUUGGACGAAGAUGGACAGCUCCUGCCCGCCACAGACCCAGUCAGGAAAAGAUUUGCAGCGUUUGGAUUAGGAAGAAGAAGUUGCAUAGGUGAAGUUUUCGCAAAGUCUCGGAUCUUUCUGUUCCUGUCUUCGCUGUUGCAAAUGGUGACUAUUGCUGAACCAGAAGGAAUACCUUUACUUGAUCUUGAUCCCAGAAACAUGGUUCCUGGAAUAGUCUUACAGCCACAAGAAUACGAAGUUCGAUUUUUAUUGCGAUGACAGCAACAUAUUUAUGUGAAGUAAUGAAUUUCACGAGAUAAUAUCAAGGUCCAAAAAGUUUUUUGCUUUGUAAUCCUUUUAUUCUUUUAUAUUAACUUGUUAUUUUUUAAUCAGAACAAUAUAUCUUAGAAAAAAAGAGGUUUAAGUGAAGAGAUAUCAUUUAUUGUUAUACGUUGUAAGGAAUUUGACUUGUUCUAAAGAUAUUGAUCUCGUAAACCCUUUGUGUAACACUAGAAAAAGCUGACAAAGAACAUUAAACAGUUUGUUCAGUAAAAUCAAUAGAUUACUAAAGGCAAUUGUUAAUUUUUUGUAUGUUUAUAUUUGUACUUGCAUCGUUUUUAGAUUAAAAAACAAGUUUAAUAUAAGAGG